AAAUACUUUGCCCAAAAAUGUAUUGUAACUAUUGUCACCGAUAUCACCAAGAUCACUAUCACCAUUAUCACCAUUACCAUCUACAUCACACGCAUCAGAAUUCAAUAUCAAAGAAUCGAGGCACUGCAUCGACAUCGCCUGUGAAUGCUGCAGAAUGUUCAAUGUCAAGCUCGUUGUCAACGAGAAGCUCAAGUAGCAGCUGUAAUAUUCCAUCAUCGAAAAAAAGGAAAUCAUCAAAUACAGGCAAUUUAGAUGAAGCCUUUAUUACGGCAUUGAUGAACGAGCCAGUAGCUGAAAAUGAUCCGAUACAAAGCUUUCUGUUAAGUUUGGCCGAUGGACUCCAUCGUCUCCCUUACAAGGAGAGAGCUAAAUUGCAGAUAGAAUUUCUCAGCAGGAUUUUGGAAACUCAUAAUAAAUUAGUCUUCUCCCAAGAGAGUGGGAACAACACGUUCCCCAAAGGCGUGGGCACAACACUGUCCUUUCUCUUCCAAAAUUGUCGUCCCGACAAUCCCAUGGAAAAAGUUGUUCGUGAUGCUCUUCUUCAAGUCUAUCUCCAAAAUUUCACGUCAUCUUUGCUGCUCCAGGGCACCUUUGGCGAUCCUUUGUCACAACCUGGACUGCUGUCUCAGGUUCUCUUGACUACGCCAUCUCUUGUCCCAACAGCUACCAGGCCGAAAAGUUGUCGACGUGACUCUCGAAGUCCCAGCUCACCGCUCUUCAGCUUCUUCUUCGGAUAA